AUGUCAGCUUACGACAAAAGCCAAGCGAAUUCCUGUGCAAGUUUUCAUAGAAAAGUAUUAGAUCAAUAUCCCAAUAUAUUUUAUGAAUUUAACGAUGAAAAUAUUAAUUACUACGGAAUUAGUGAUGAGGCAUCAUGUCCUUUAUGCAAAUUAGACCAUGAUGAUGAGGAAGGUAUAAAAGGAGAAUAUAAAGAUGAAACUUAUUAUAUCAAAUGUGAGCAAAACAAAAAAGAAAUUCAAAUAACUGCAUAA